GUUGAUGGAACUUUUCAUCUGGGGCAAGUAAAAGAAGCAACUAUCUUUGCUGUGCAAUGCCUUGUGUACCAAGAACAGAAUAAUCAAGGGAAUAUGUUUUGAUAAUUAUUAACGUGUGAUGUAGUACUUCUUCUACAAGAGAAUCCAAAGCUGUCAAAUCGUGUGAUACAGAAAAGAAAGACAGUUGCAGCAGGUUGAUUCGGAUCAUGGAGAACAAUGAUGAACAGGCGAAACAGCAGCAGCAGCAGCAGCAGGCAUCAAAGCAGCUUUCUAUUGAUUCAGAUCACGCUUUCGCUAUUGCGUUGCAAGAACAGGAAAGUACAUUUACAAUGCUCGAGACAAUUAGGAGUGAUACAGAUGAUGAAACUGAAGAUGAAGAGGAAGAAACCGGAAGUUCUUCGUCACAUGACUUUGAUGGUAACUUUGAUACUCAAGAAUUUUACGAUGAAUUAGAAUUUAUCGAGGAGGACGAAGAAGGUAGCUUCACCGACGAGAUUGAGGAGGAUGAAAUCGAUCCAGAUGAAAUGUCUUAUGAAGAAUUAAUAGCAUUGGGAGAAGUUGUUGGAGAGGAGAGUCGUGGACUAUCUAUUGAGGAAAUUACUUCAUCAUUGUCAUCAUGUGUUCAUAAGUUUGUCGAAUGCAAAACUACAAUUGAUAGCAUGGCGUACGCGAUCUUUCCUCAUUGUUCCUGUCAGGCGGUCUUAUACAAAAGUUGCCAAAUAAAAUUAGAGUUGACAUCACAAACACAAAAAUGUUUUAGCUCAGAGAGUAAAUCCUUCACAUGUUUAAUAAGAGGUUGAUUUCAUAUGUUUCCCGUGUAAAUUUCCAAAAAAUAAAUAAAAAUAUAUGUUAUUGAUCCUUUAAUCUAAGAUCACUCGGUUCACUAAACAAGUUACAAUCAUUAAUUCCAUUAGUGUAGAAAUAAUCUUUGAAAUAAAUGACGCAAAAAGUAACAAGUAGGUGCACAUAAGUGCAUAACAGAUAUGUGGG